ACUAGAGCCUCAGCCCUUUGACAUGCAAAGGGUGCCGCACAGCCGUAACCCUUAGGCAUGCAUGACACGCAUUCCGGUCAGCUGCCAAUGCAUACAGAAGCCCUGAGAGUUCUCCGGUGUUUGCCCUUUCACCCAGGCUCAGGCUGCUAGCAGACCAACCUCCUUCCUCUGGCUCCCUUGGUUCCAAAAGCUAGGAGCUAGGUGGUAUCCCACUCACCUGGUGACGGACACUGGGCAGUAUCAGCUGACUGUUGGUGGUCCUUGGGCAAACUGUGUGUGAGAUGGGACGGACAUCGAAGGACAAGCGAGAUGUCUACUACCGCCUGGCCAAGGAGAAUGGCUGGCGUGCCCGCAGUGCCUUCAAACUGCUACAACUUGAUGAACAAUUCCAGCUUUUUCAAGGUGUGACACGGGCAGUUGACCUGUGUGCAGCCCCAGGCAGCUGGAGCCAGGUGCUGAGCCAGAAGAUUGGAGGCCAGGGUUGUGGCCACAUGGUGGUGGCUGUGGACCUGCAGGCUAUGGCUCCAAUACCAGGUGUGUUACAGAUCCAGGGAGAUAUCACCCAGCUAUCCACUGCCAAGGAGAUCAUCCAGCAUUUUGAGGGCUGCCCUGCGGACCUAGUAGUGUGUGAUGGGGCUCCCGAUGUAACUGGCCUCCAUGAUGUUGAUGAGUAUAUGCAGGCCCAGCUCCUUCUAGCCGCUCUGAACAUUGCUACACAUGUCUUGAAGCCAGGGGGCUGCUUUGUGGCCAAGAUAUUCCGAGGCCGGGAUGUGACGCUGCUCUACAGCCAGUUGCGUGUCUUCUUCUCCAGCGUUCUCUGUGCCAAGCCCAGGAGCAGCCGGAACUCCAGCAUUGAGGCCUUUGCUGUCUGUCAGAGUUAUGACCCUCCCAAGGGCUUCACUCCAGACUUGAGCAGACCCUUGCUGGACCACUCUUAUGACCCAGAUUUCAACCAGCUGGAUGGUCCCAACCGCAUCAUUGUGCCUUUUGUUACCUGUGGAGACCUGAGCUCUUAUGAUUCAGAUCGCAGCUACCCAUUGGAUCUAGAGGAUGGCUCAGAGUACAAGUACACUCCACCCACACAGCCUCCCAUCUCGCCAUCAUACCAGGAGGCUUGCAGGUUGAAGAAGAAGGGGUGGCUGGUCAAGGAAAUCCGCCCCCAGGACCACCCCAUCAGCAGAGUGAACACAUUGCCCCAACUCCUGGCUGCCCAUGAGUCCCACACCCUGCAGGCCCCUGAGAUGGAAGACAAUGAAAUGAAUUGUUCACCUUAAAUCCAUUAAGCUGGCAUGCUGAUACAACUCAGAAACUGCUCACUAUCAGGAAAACCAGAACUCGGGUUGAUGAACUUGUUUUCAAAUAUCUCAUCAAUGGGGCCUGAAUGAACAAGCCCUGAGUAGGAAUCUGCAUCAAUCAUCAUGAAGACAAUGAGGAAAGAAACACACCACAGAAAUCUGUCUGUGCUGCAACAGGAAUUCUUGAGUGAGGUCUUACCUCUUCUCUAAGCCUCAUCAGUGAUGUCCUGAUUAUGUCCAGAAUUUCCCCUGAAAGCAGAGGUUCUUAACCUGGAUAGAAAUCAGGGGGAUCCAUGAACUUGAUGAAGGAAAAAUGUUGCAUCUUUAUUUUAACUAAUGCAACAGAAAUGUAACUUACUCCCAGUUACAAAUGCUGGCAACUAAUUACAAUAGUAAAAGUGGUACCUGCAAUUUUC